CGAGAUGUGGGAGGCGAAGCUGGAGCCCAACUCAGCUACAAUGCUGGGAUCAGCGCGUGCGAGAAGGUCAGUCAGCUACAGCGCUGGGAUCAGCGCGUGCGAGAAGGGCGGGCAGUGGCAGCGGGCGCUGGCGCUGCUGAGCGAGAUGUGGGAGGCGAAGCUGGGGCCCAACGUCAUCAGCUACAACGCUGGGAUCAGCGCGUGCGAGAAGGGCGGGCAGUGGCAGCCGGCGCUGGCGCUGCUGAGCGAGAUGUGGGAGGCGAAGCUGGAGCCCGACGUCAUCAGCUACAGCGCUGGGAUCAGCGCGUGCGAGAAGGGCGGGCAAUGGCAGCCGGCGCUGGCACUGCUGAGCGAGAUGUGGGAGGCGAAGCUGGAGCCCAACCGCUGGGAUCACUGCGUGCAAGAAGGGCGAGCAGAGGCAGCGGGCGCUUGUGCUGCUCAGCGAAACGUCAUCCAUACUCUAACGCCGGGGGAACCGCGUGCCAGAAUGGCGGGGGACCCAGUGGGGCAAAACCGCCCUCGGCUACAACGCUGUGAUCAGCGCGUGCGAGAAGGGCGAGCAGUGGCAGCCAGCGCUUGCACUGCUGAGCGAGAUGCGGGAGGCGAAGCUCGAGCCCGACGUCAUCAGCUUCAGUGCUGGGAUUACUGCGUGCAGGAAGGGCGAGGGCAGCGGGCGCUUCUGCUGCCCAUCGAGAUGUAG